AUGUUCAAGCUGGCAAUGACCCGUGUCCCCCAGUCCUUCGUUAAGAUGUGGAAGAGUGGCUGGGUCGCCGAUGACUUAUUCAACCUGACCGCAGGUCUGCAGAGUGGGAUAAGCUUUCAGACGCGGUGGGAGUUGGGCCUAGACGUGGGCAGUAUGGGUGUCGAUUCGCCCGCUGCGAUGCUACGACGCUUCGAGGUCUUCUCCCUAGACACCAAAAAGGAUAGGAAGGUCUUGGAUAGGGUCACGUGCCCCGUGCUUCUCAGGGCACCGGAGGGGGGUGCCGAGAUGUACUCUUCGGCAGAGAUUGGGGCGGUCAAAAUCCACAAGCUGCUCAUCAUGGUAUCGGAGGGGAACAAGGAACUCUGGAUACCGGGGCAGGCAGCAGAUGGCGGGUUGUCGGCCAGCAUCGGAGUUUGGCCGUCGCUGGCGCAGAGAAGCUUUCGAUUCCUUGACAUGCGUUUUGGGACUAACCGGAAGACAAUACCGGAAAGCAAGUAG